AUGAAACCAGAAGUCGAGCAAGAAUUAGCUCAUACUUUGUUAACUGAAUUACUAGCUUAUCAAUUCGCUUCUCCAGUCAGAUGGAUCGAAACCCAAGAUGUAUUCCUAAAGGAUUUUAAUACUGAAAGAGUUGUCGAAAUUGGUCCUUCUCCUACUUUGGCUGGGAUGGCUCAAAGAACUUUGAAAAAUAAAUACGAAUCUUAUGAUGCUGCUUUGUCUUUGCAAAGACAAGUUCUAUGUUACUCUAAGGACCCUAAGGAAAUUUAUUACACUGCUGAUCCUGCCCCUGCAGAACCUGAAGCUGAAACAACCCCAGUUGAAUCUGCUGCUGCCGCUCCAGUUGCUGCUGUCGCUGCUGCUCCAGUUCCGGUAGCUGCCGCCCCUGUUGCAGCUCCAGCUGGCCCAGCUGCCGAUGUUCCAGAUGCCCCAGUUACAGCUGGCUUAGUCUUACAUACUUUAGUUGCCCAUAAAUUGAAGAAGACUCUAGAUGCUAUUCCAUUAUCUAAGACAAUCAAGGACUUAGUCGGUGGUAAAUCUACUGUUCAAAAUGAAAUUCUUGGUGAUUUAGGUAAAGAAUUCGGCAAUACUCCAGAAAAACCAGAAGAAACUCCAUUAGAAGAAUUAGCUGAACUAUUCCAAGAUACUUUCUCAGGUUCUUUAGGUAAACAAUCGUCCUCUUUGAUCUCAAGAUUAAUGUCUUCAAAAAUGCCAGGUGGGUUCACUAUCACUAUCGCUAGAAAAUAUCUACAGACUCGUUGGGGUCUUGGUGCCGGUAGACAAGAUUCUGUCCUAUUAGUCGCCUUAUCAAAUGAACCAGCUUCUCGUCUAGGUUCUGAAGCUGAUGCUAAACAAUUCCUUGAUUCUAGUGCUCAAAAAUACGCUUCCAUUGCUGGUAUUAAUCUUGCUAGUGCUGCUGCAGGUGCUUCUGCUGGUGGUGCUGGUGGUGCUGGCGCCGGUGGUGCUACAAUUGACGCCGCUGCCCUUGAAGAAUUAACUAAGGAUCAUAAAGUUUUGGCUCGUCAACAAUUGCAAGUCCUUGCUCGUUACUUAAAAAUGGAUCUAGAUAACGGUGAAAGAAAGUUCCUCAAGGAGAAAGAUACUGUCACUGAAUUACAAAAUCAAUUAGAUUUCAUUACUCAAGAAUUAGGUGAAUUUUACGUUAAUGGUUUAGCUACUGCUUUCUCUAGAAAGAAGGCUAGAACUUUCGAUUCCUCUUGGAAUUGGGCUAAACAAUCAUUACUUUCUUUAUAUUUCCAAAUUAUUCAUGGUGUCCUAAAAAAUGUUGAUAGAGAAGUCGUCACCGAAGCCAUCAAUAUUAUGAACAGAUCUAAUGAAGCUCUAAUUAAAUUUAUGGAAUAUCAUGUCUCUAAGACUGAUCCAUCUAAGGGUGAAAACUACCAAAUGUUAAAGACUUUAGGUGAACAAUUGAUUGAUAAUUGUAAGAUGGUAUUAGACAUGGAUCCAGUCUACAGAGAUAUCUCAAAACCAACUGGUCCAACUACUGAAAUUGACAAGAAUGGUAACAUUCAAUACAAUGAAACUCCAAGAGAAAACAUUAGAAAAUUAUCUCAAUAUAUCCAAGAAAUGGCCCUUGGUGGUACAUUGACUAAAGAACAUCAACCAACUAUCGAAGAUGAUCUGGCCCGUGUUUACAAGGCUAUCACCAAGCAGGCUUCCACUCAUAAGGUCUCUGACUCUACCCAAUUGGAAUUCGAAAACCUUUACGGCAAAUUGGUUAAAUUCCUUGAAAACUCUCAAGAAAUUGAUGCUUCUCAAACUACUAAGUUGGCUGGUGUCAUCGAUGAUGAUUUAGAUACAGACUCCACAAAGGAAGUUGCUUCUUUACCAAACCAAUCUACUAUCACUAAAACUGUAUCUUCUACAAUUCCAAGAGAAACUGUUCCUUUCUUACAUCUGAAGAAAAAGCUAUCUGACGGUUCAUGGAAAUAUGAUCGUCAAUUGUCCGAAUCCUUCUUGGAUAGUUUGGAAAAGGCUGCCGUUAACGGUAUUACGUUCAAGGAUAAGUACAUCUUGCUAACUGGUGCUGGUAAAGGUUCGAUUGGUGGUGAAAUUCUACAAGGUCUGUUACAAGGUGGUGCUAAGGUUGUUGUCACUACAAACACAUUUAUCAAACCAGUCUUAGAUUUCUUCCAAGCUUUAUACGCUAAAUAUGGUGCGAAAGGUUCAACUUUGAUUGUGGUUCCUUUCAACCAAGCUUCAAAAACUGAUUGUGAAAACCUGGUCGACUACAUUUACGAUGAUCCAAAGAAUGGUGGUUUAGGUUGGGAUCUAGACGCUAUCAUUCCAUUUGCUGCUAUUCCAGAAAACGGUAUUGAAUUGGACAGUAUCGACUCUAAAUCCGAAUUUGCACACAGAAUCAUGAUGACUAAUAUCUUCAGAAUUAUGGGUUAUGUCAAGAAACAAAAGGUUUCUAGAGGUAUCGAAACUAGACCAGCCCAAGUCAUUCUACCAAUGUCUCCAAAUCAUGGUACUUUCGGUGGUGACGGUCUAUACUCUGAAUCCAAACUUUCCCUUGAAACUCUAUUUAACAGAUGGCAUUCCGAAUCAUGGGCCGAUCAAUUAACCAUUUGUGGUGCCAUUAUUGGUUGGACCAGAGGUACUGGUUUGAUGAGUGGUAACAACAUUAUUGCCCAAGGUAUUGAAAAAAUGGGUGUCCGUACUUUCUCUCAAAAGGAGAUGGCUUUCAAUCUAUUGGGUUUACUAAAUCCUUCUGUUGUUCAACUAUGUCAAAAGUCCCCAGUUAUGGCCGAUUUGAAUGGUGGUUUACAAUACGUUAAGAAUUUGAAGGACUUCACUCGUAAAUUGCGUAGUGAAUUAACUGAAACCUCCGAAAUUAGAAAGGCUGUCUCUAUCGAAACUGCUCUAGAACACAAGGUGGUCAACGGUGAAAAUGCCGAUGCUGCUUAUACUAAGGUGGAAGUUCAACCAAGAGCCAACAUUAAACUUGACUUCCCAACUUUAAAACCGUACAAGGAAAUCAAAGAAUUCGCUUCCAAGGAUCUAGAAGGUUUAUUGGAUCUUGAAAAGGUUAUUGUUGUCACCGGUUUUGCUGAAGUUGGUCCAUGGGGUUCAUCCAGAACUAGAUGGGAAAUGGAAGCCAAUGGUGAGUUCUCUCUAGAAGGUUGUAUCGAAAUGGCCUGGAUGAUGGGUUUGAUUAAAUACCAUAAUGGUAACUUGAAGGGUCGUCCAUACACAGGUUGGGUAGACGGUAAGACCAACGAACCCGUUGAUGACAAGGACGUCAAGGCUAAGUACGAAUCUUACAUUCUAGACCAUGCUGGUAUUAGAUUAAUUGAACCAGAAUUAUUCAACGGUUAUAACCCAGAAAAGAAACAUAUGAUCCAAGAAAUCAUUGUUGAAGAAGAUAUGGAACCUUUUGAAGCUUCCAAGGAAACCGCUGAACAAUUCAAGCACGAACAUGGUGAGAAGGUUGAUAUUUUCGAAAUUCCAGAAUCUGGUGAGUACUCCGUGAAAUUGCUAAAGGGCGCAACUCUCUACAUUCCAAAGGCUCUAAGAUUUGAUAGACUUGUUGCUGGUCAAAUUCCAACCGGUUGGAACGCAAAGACAUACGGUAUCUCUGAUGAUACUAUCGCUCAAGUUGAUCCAAUAACAUUAUUUGUUUUGGUUUCUGUUGUCGAAGCUUUCAUUUCCUCAGGUAUCAGUGAUCCAUAUGAAAUGUAUAAAUACGUUCAUGUUUCUGAGGUUGGUAACUGUUCUGGUUCUGGUAUGGGUGGUGUUUCAGCUCUACGUGGCAUGUUUAAGGACCGUUACAAGGAUGAACCAGUUCAAAAUGAUAUUCUUCAAGAAUCCUUUAUCAACACUAUGUCUGCAUGGGUUAAUAUGUUACUAAUCUCCUCAUCUGGUCCAAUUAAGACCGCUGUCGGUGCAUGUGCCACCGCUGUCGAAUCUGUGGAUAAUGGUGUUGAAGUUAUAUUAUCCGGUAAGGCCAAGAUUUGUAUCGUUGGUGGUUAUGAUGAUUUCCAAGAAGAAGGUUCAUACGAAUUCGGUAACAUGAACGCUACUUCUAACACUUUUGAAGAAUUCGAACAUGGCCGUACUCCAUCUGAAAUGUCUAGACCUGCUACCUCCACACGUUCUGGUUUCAUGGAAGCCCAAGGUUCUGGUAUCCAAGUUAUCAUGAACGCAGACUUGGCCUUGAAAAUGGGUGUUCCAAUUUAUGGUAUUGUUGCCCUCUCUGCUACUGCCACUGAUAAGAUUGGUAGAUCUGUUCCAGCUCCAGGUAAGGGUAUCCUAACUACUGCUAGAGAAUUCCACGGUAACUUCAAGUUCCCAACUCCAAUGUUAGAUAUUAGUUACAGAAAGCGUCAACUUGUCAAUCGUGAAUCUCAAAUUAAGCAAUGGGUUGAAAAUGAAUUAGAAUUAUUGAAAUAUGAAGCCCAAUCCAUUCCUAUCGCUGAUCAAGAAGAAUUCUUUGUCGAACGUACAAAUGAAAUUAACUUAGAAGCUAAGAAGCAACUUCAAUCUGCCCAAUCUCAAUGGGGUAAUGAAUUCUGGAAAAAUGAUUCCCGUAUUGCCCCAUUAAGAGGUGCAUUGGCUACAUACGGUCUAACUAUCGAUGACCUAGACGUUGCCUCCUUCCACGGUACAUCUACCAUGGCCAACGAUAAGAAUGAAUCAUCCACGAUCAACGAUAUGGUUAAGCAUUUAGGUAGAUCCGAAGGUAACCCAGUUAUCGGUGUUUUCCAAAAGUUUUUAACUGGUCAUCCAAAGGGUGCUGCUGGUGCCUGGAUGCUGAAUGGUGCAUUGCAAAUACUAAAUACUGGUGUUAUCCCAGGUAACCGUAAUGCAGACAAUGUUGAUAAGGUCUUAGAAGACUUCGAAUAUGUUCUAUAUCCAUCCAAAUCUAUGAAAACCGAUGGUGUUAAGGCUGUUUCUGUUACAUCUUUCGGUUUUGGUCAAAAGGGUGCUCAAGCUAUCGUCAUUCAUCCAGAUUAUCUAUAUGCUAUUAUUGAUGAAGCUAGAUACGUUGACUAUGCCAAUAGAGUUUCCAGUAGAGAAAGAAGUGCCCGUAAAUUUUUCCUAAAUGGUAUGAUCAACAACAAAUUGUUUGUCAGCAAGGAACAUGCUCCAUAUAGUGAUGAAUUAGAGGCUCCAGUUUACUUAGAUCCAUUAGCUCGUGUUGCUCCUUGUAAGAAAGAAAAUAACAAUUUGAUCUUUACCCAAAAGGCUAUACAAAAUGAGACAUCUUACAACGGUAAGGGUUCCCAUGAAACUGCCAAAGUUUUAAAAGAGCUAACUGCAGACGCUCUAUCUGGUAAAAAUUCAGGUACCUCUGUUGGUGUCGAUUCUGAAUUAAUCAAUAGCAUCAACAUUGAAAAUGAUACAUUCAUCGAACGUAACUUUACUGAUAGUGAAAUUGUCUAUUGUAACCAACAACCAAACGUUAGAAGUUCUUUCGCUGGUACUUGGUCUGCAAAGGAAGCAGUUUUUAAAUCUCUAGGUGUCGAAUCUAAGGGUGCUGGUGCUUCUUUAAAGGAUAUCGAGAUUACACGUGUCAACGGUAAUGGUCCGGAGGUGUCUCUACAUGGCGAAGCAAAGAAAUCUGCCGAUGCUGCUGGUAUUACAGGGAUUAAGGUUUCCAUUUCCCAUGAUGAUUUCCAAUCUGUCGCAGUUGCAAUCGCAAAUAAGAAAUAG